AGAUGUCUUUUUGAAAUAUAGAAGAAUCUAUUAGUAUAAAACCAAUGUUUGCGAACCGUGUUGCCACUUGGUCUAUAUUUGUUGGAAAGACAUGCACUUAGGUCAUAGAUCAACAAUCUGAUGAUGUAAUAUUCAGAAAGAGUAAAACUUGUCUGUUAAGUAGUGUGAUUACUCGGGAUAUGAAUUUAGCUGAAUAUUGAAAGCUAGCAGCAGCCAGAAGGGAAAGGGAUAUCGAUGGGCCAUAGGUGCUGCAGCAAACAGAAAGUGAAGAGAGGGCUAUGGUCCCCUGAAGAAGAUGAGAAGCUUGUCAACCAUAUCACUACCUAUGGCCAUGGAAGUUGGAGUUCUGUCCCAAAACUUGCUGGCUUGCAGAGGUGUGGUAAGAGCUGCAGAUUGCGAUGGAUAAACUACCUGAGGCCAGAUCUCAAAAGGGGUUCCUUCUCUGAACAAGAAGAGCAGAUUAUCAUUGAUGUUCAUAGAAUUUUAGGCAACAGGUGGGCGCAAAUAGCAAAACAUCUACCAGGGAGGACAGACAAUGAGGUAAAGAACUUUUGGAACUCAUGUAUAAAGAAAAAGCUCAUCUCACAAGGCUUGGACCCGAAAACUCACAACCUAAUCCCUUCUCAUCAGAGAGCCAAUAAUAAUAAGGUUGCUGCAGAGAACAUACUACAAUCCCACCAACCACCAUUUUCAAUUAUCACAUUGAAUUUACAGAUGACAGAUGCUUCCAUGGAAAUGAACCCACCAAUUCUAACAUUACCAGCAGCUCCUUCUUCUAAUAGCAUUCACCAACCUCCAUCGAUGCAGACCUCGUCGGUACCCAUAUUCACCUCCGGUGAUCAUCACAACCCUAAUAUUCCCUGGACUGUCAAUGAUCAUCAAAACUCCCUUGAUUCUACCAUUUUCCCCUAUGUAUCAUCCUUUCAGAACACAGCCAUUUCUUCUUCUUCUUCCUCAGUGAACCCAUCUGGGUUUGGUCUGUUAGAUGAAAAUUGUUUCUGGGGUCAUAAUACCAUUGCUGAGAACUUUGAAGCUCCAAGAAUGGAAGUUCUGCAAGCACAAGAACAAGAAAAUAACCAAGCUACGGAGGAAGUAGAUGCAGCCAAAGGUGUCCAAGAUAUGGAUGCUUCAUUUGACGGCUCUAGCUUUGGUCUUGAGUUUGUGGAAUCUACAUUGUUGUCUAGUUCGAUGUGUCGAGAACUCGAUUCCAUGGAUGAUCUUGCAUGGAACUUUUAGGCCUCCAUAUGUAUGUGUGUGUGUAUAGUUACUAGUCACUAUCGAUAACUAUCCAGCGGGUUUUGUUUUAGUUGCACAUUCUAAUUAUUUCGAAGAUUUUA